UGAGGGCGCAGGGAGAAUGGGAAGGAUGGAAGAGUAGAACGAGAGCAGAUUCUGGGGGCAGAAGUAAUGGGUAAGUAGAGAAAGGCAGGGAAGACAAAGAAGAGGGACAGAGGGAAGUUGGACAUCAAGGAAGAAGAAGAGAAGACCACAGAGAUACAAGCAGUGGGAAGACUGUUGGGAGGGUCACUGGGUACCAAUGGGUACCUUCCAUCACUUCUGUUCACAGAUGAAGACAUUGAAAACCCAAGGGUAGACUUCAUUUCUCUAAGGCCCAAAGCUACUAACUUUUCCAGUCAGGCCACAGGCUGCAGAUUUAGUUCUUAACCAGGACUCCUUCCACAGCAGCAGGUACAAUAGCGGAGAUCAGGAGGGUGCACACAAGCACAGGGAGAAAAUCUGGAAGCCAGAUAGUUGGGGGUGGGGACAGGCAGGUAGCAUAAAGGAGAGCUGGAGGGGAAAUGAGAGACGCUGUGGGAGGCCUGUGGCUGAGGGUGGUAGUGGAGUUUCUCUGACAGGGAAGUGGGCAGGAGAGGUUGUCUCUGCAGCAAGGGAAGUCAGAUGGGGGAGCGAGAGGGAGAGGUGAGGGGAGCUGAUAUGUGAGUUGUGAGGGUAGCUUGUCCUACUAGGUGUCCUUCACCUCACAGAGUCUCAAUGCUGCUCGUCCUGCUCCUGCUCUUCCAGGGACUCCUCUGCCCUGAGGAAAGAACAGCUGAUCCCCAGGCCCUAGGACCCCCUCAUCUAGCAGCAGAAGAGCCCCUCACCUUCCGUCUGCUCCAGAUCUCCUCCUUUGCCAACCACAGCUGGGUGCAGAACCAGGCCUCAGGCUGGCUGGGUGAGCUGCAGACGCAUGGAUGGGACAGCGUCUUGGGCGCCAUCCGAUUUCUGCGGCCUUGGUCCCAGGGGAACUUCAGCAAAGAGGAGCUGAAGAAUCUCCAGGCGUUAUUCCAGUUGUACUUUCAUGGUUUCACCCAUGAAGUGCAAGCCUUUGCCAGCCAGUUUCAGUUUGAAUAUCCCUUCGAGCUUCAGAUAUCAUCGGGGUGUAGAAUGAGUGAUGGGGAGGCCUCGGAAGGCUUCUUAAAAGGGGCAUAUCAAGGAACAGAUUUCCUGAGUUUCCAAGGGAAUUCCUGGCAGCCAUCUCCAGGAGCGGGGAGUCGGGCCCAGAAUGUCUGCAGGGUGCUCAAUCGUUACAGAGAUAUUAAAGAAAUAGUGCAGGGCCUUCUCAGUGGCACUUGCCCUCGAUUCCUGGCAAGCAUCCCUGAAGCCGGAAAGGCAGAACUGGAAAGACAAGUGAAGCCAGAAGCUUGGGUUUCCAAAGGUCCUACUCCUGGUCCUGGCCGUCUGAUGCUGGUGUGCCAUGUUUCUGGCUUCCAUCCCAAGACCGUGGGGGUGAUGUGGAUGCGGGGGGAGCAGAUGCAGCUGGGAACUCGGCAAGGUGAUGUCUUGCCCAAUGCUGAUGGGACCUGGUAUCUCCAAGUAACCUUGGACGUGGCAACUGGGGAAGCAGCUGGUCUAUACUGCCGAGUGAAGCACAGCAGUCUAGGAGGCCAUGAUAUAAUCAUCCACUGGGAUGGAUACUCCAGGCUCUUGAUACUGAUCGGUUUGACUGUCACAGUCAUACUGGUCAUGCUGAUUGUCCUUGAGUUUUGGUUUAAAAAGCAGAGGUUAAGGCCCUCUUCGCCUUUGUUCCCACAGCUCAAGUUGCAACUCCCUUUCUCGCCAUGUGCCCGACCCUGCCAUAGGAGCCAACACCCAGGACGCCAGGGGUUCAGGACAUCAACUCUGCUCAGCCCUGGAAUCAUGGGCUAAAUACAGGUUUUUGAAGAAGUGGAAAACAAGACUGAGCCAACUCUAGUGAUGUUAGUUUGUUCUUCUAUUUACAUCUAUGUCCAUGACCCAUUCAGGGCUGGCUUCAUGGGCAUGUGACCUGUGCAGUAGCACAGGGCCCCUUGAUUAGAAGGACCUCCUGUUUGGUUUAAUGCUCUGCUGUUGCUGUCUUGAAAUUCCCAAUAGUAUCGAAACAAGAGGCCCCUCAUUUUCACUUUUUCCUGGUCCCACAAAUUACUUUGCUGAUUCUGCCUAAUGCAAUAUUUCCUAAUCAAUCCUGGCUGAAAUAAAUUUGUCAAUAGGGAAAGUGAUGUUGCUUUGAUUCAUUCUGUCUUUGACAUUUCUGCAUCGUUUGACUAUGCUCUUAUGAAAACCCUUCUUCUUCCCCUUUGCCUCCCACUAAAGGUGAAGGAGGCAGGUGGGUACCUCAGAUCCACAGUGAUUCAGGUGUUUGUCAUCUUUAGAGGUAGCUAGAGAAAAUAAUAUCACGUGAAAUGUUUCCUAUCAAAGUGAGGAUGGGGUUGGACUGGCAUUCUUGUUUUCCUGAGAUUCUGUGAGUCACGUGUACCUGUGAAUGUGCAUAAGCAGGGGAGGGAUUCAUAUUUUGAGCAGUUAGAAAGAGGACAUGGGUGUUGAUGGUGAGUUUUGUUGGAGGAAAAGACAAUGAAGGACACGAGUGAUCAGAUAGCAUCUAAACUAUGUGUUUACUUUUCUGUUAUUUUGGAUGA